AUGAAUCCUAAAAAUGAAGAAACUCAAGAUAAAAAAUGUGAUUUGAAAAUAGGUUUAUUGGAAGAUAAUUUUGCAGAGAAUUCUUUCUAUAUUUCUGAAGAGGAAAGUUUAUCAGACAAUAAGGCGGAUAAUAUUUAUGACUAUCCUUCAAAAAGAGUUUGUUUGACAAAUGACAAUAUACAUGUCAAAAAAUUCAAAGAAUCCAAAGAAUUAGCAUGUCUUGAAGAUAUUCCAUUUCCUAAUGGUACAAUUAAAAUUACAGCUGUAAAAGGAUAUAAAGAAACAACAUAUGAUAUAACAAUUGAGAAUGUUUUUCAAAAAGAUAUUUUAAAAGCAGCUGUUUUAUCUGCUUUUGUCAUCGAUCCAAUAUGGGUUCUUUCAAAAAUUCAGCUAUCUAAAACAAUAGUUGUUUUUAUUCAUCAUGCUAAAUCAGAUAAAGAGAAACAAGCUAUUAAUGAGCUAUAUCUUUGCUUUCCAAAUGUUUCUGCUAUUUUUCCUUCUAUGGAAGGCGCUAAUUGCAUGCAUUGUAAAUUACAGCUCUUAUUUUAUACUACAUACUUACGUGUAGUCAUUCCAAGUGCUAAUUUAGUUGAUUAUGACUGGGGAGAAACUGGAGUAAUGGAAAAUAGUAUGUAUAUUCAUGAUUUUCCUCGGAGAGAAUCAGCAUUUACAGAAUUUUCUACAAAUUUUGAAAGAGAUUUGUUUCAUUAUUGUAAAGCUAAGAAUUAUCCUGACCAUAUUCUUAAGAAAAUGCAAUGUUAUGAUUUUAAAAUGAGCAAAAAUAUCCAUUUUGUUCAUUCAAUACCAGCAAGGGCAUUGAAUAGUGUUGAUUUAAAAGACACAGGCUAUUUAUCUUUAGCUAGAGCAGUUCAAAAACUUGGGAAAGCUAGCAAAAAUGAUAUAGAAAUAAACAUUAUAACAUCAUCUUUAGGAUUAUUAAAAUCAGCAUUCAUGACUAAUAUCUAUCGUGCAUUAAAAGGCGACCAAACAAUUGCUUCUUAUAAUAUGGAUUUACAAUCUUGGAAAACUUCUAUAAAAGUACACUUUCCAAGCAUAAAUACUGUUUUGUCUAGUAAUGGUGGAAAAGAAUCAGCAGGCACAAUAUGCUUUCAAAAGCAAUUUUGGGAAAAUUUAGAAUUUCCAAAAAGUAUUUUAUAUGAUAUUAAAAGUGUGCAUAAAGGUUGUCUUAUGCAUCAUAAAAUUAUUCUUGUAAGAAACAGUGUCCCAUUACUAAAUUUUUUUUAUAUAGGCUCUGCAAAUCUUUCCGAAUCUGCAUGGGGGACUUUAAUACGCUCUAAAGCAAAAAAACCUAUAAUUUUAUGUAGAAAUUGGGAAUCUGGUGUAGUCUUGUCAUUAGAUAAUCAUUGCUCUUAUAUAAUCAAAGAAAUUCUUUGUGAAACUAGUUUACUACCUAAUUCAACACCAUGGAUCUUUCAUUCAUAA